CAUGAGCGGAGUCUCACUCCACUCUGUUGCUUUUGCCUUGCUGCUUAUCUGCUCCUCCGUCGGCUCGGUUUGUACCAACUUCAACCCUUCGUUUUCCGGCCAGUCUUGGGCUGAACUUCAACCAGCGCGGUGGUUCUUCGACUCCUCUCUCACUCACUCGUAUUUUCUAUCGAGAAACAAUCACUUUCUCUGAGACUUUCUCCCAGAAUAAUACGAUACUUGUCCUAUGCAGCCUUCAGGCACCACCACAACAGCCACACACAUUUUCUACGAAGAAGCAACGCAAUAACGUAGACGCAGGGCCAGGGAACGAUUUUUGUUUCUGCAGAGUUCACUUUUCGGAAUAACUUUGGGGUUAGAGGAGUGGAUAACUGUGGGCAGUAGGUGAUGGGAAAAAGUUGCUCCUUUGGUUUUGUCAGGUUGCAUUGGGCACAAUAAGGAGGCAGGCAGGGAGCGAGCGAGUCUGCAGUUUAGUUUGGAGAAAGUGUCGGAGCAAGAAGCUGGUUGGAAAGUGGGGAAUUGGACAUGAUAUAAUUAAUGAGUUUGUCGGCCAGAAAUGACUAAUCCUGUCAGUGACAGACAGACUCUCAUUCCCGUGAUUAGUUGUUGGUCCAAGUGAGUGGUGUACACAUUAUACUUGUGGUCGGCCCACACACACUCCUUCCAUUUGUAUUUCUUCCCUUCGUCUUAAAUCCUGAGUGAGCGAACAAAGUAGGAAUUGAGUCAUGAGAAAAGUUGAAAAUGCGGUGGGUGGUUGGUGCUGGUGGAAAAUCUCAGUGCGGUGAUCGGGAGCGAGCACGUGGUAAACUUUCUCCAUGUAUUCGCUCUUCGCAGAGAUAGGAAUAAUAAUAAUAAUAAUGCUCCGACCGUCUCACGCCUCCUCAUUCCAUGAAGAAGAAGUGAUCUUGGGUGCGAGUCGUGAUUGUGGCUGCGGCACUAGGGAAAGUGUAGUCCCGCUGUCUGUAGGACGCCUCCAAGUGCUCCAGGUGCUGUUCAAAGGUGGGUAAUGUGUGUAGUGAGUGAGGCAUGUUGCGGUCGUCAAGGGCCGCCGCAAUGGACGAUGCAAACAAGAGUGACCUUUGCUCAUUCGGGACAACCCCAGAACGUGGCCUUGGAGCCACGUCUGGGGGCAGCAGUGAGUGCAACAACAUUGGAGCCGGAGGGGGCGGAAAGCCAUUCUGCAACCUCAAAGGGUUCAAAAAGUUCCAGGCCCAGUUGGCGAGGAAAAAGUUGGAGAACGUGCCACGUCGAGAGUUGGGCAGUUCUUCUGCUCCUGGUGCUGCUGGCAUUCAUUCGAAUGUUGAUUUGGAGGACGACUCCUCCGUGUAUGGGACUGGACCUUCCUCCUACAUCGUGGGCAUCAAUACCAACCCCACAAACAAUCACACUCGCCACCCCACCACCACCACCAAGACGACGCCUAACUGUUCAAGCAUCAGUGGUUCUGUUGGUUGUGGUGGGGUUUCUUCAGUUAGCAGUGUCAGUGGUGGUUGUGGUCAGGUCUUCAGUGUCAGCAACGCCACAAGCUCUUCUUUGGGUGGGAGCGGAGUGGGGCAUCCUGAGGAGUGGGUCCUGCACACGUCAUGCCUGGAGGACUCUGGUGAUUUACUGCGAGAAUGCUGCUGUCAGCCCGAGUCAAUCUCGUCUUCUGGGGUGGACUCGAGUCACAGUGGCGAGCGUGACGUUCUCCACUUUGGGGGAAAAGCUAAUAAGUCAGCAGCGACAAUUUCCUCCAAAACGCCGACUGGAAGUCUCAAAUCUCACAAGGGCAGAGGUGGUGGUGGUGGAGGAGCUGCUGCUGAGACAUCGUCGUCCACGUCGGUCAUUUAUAAUAACGUAGCUGUCCAACAACGCCUCGUGCCCCCCACGUCGACCGUCGGCACGGCCAACACCAGCACUCCAAUCUCCAUCUGUCCACCUCCCCCACCUCGCGACUCGGAUUUGCCAUCCCUCUUCUCAUCCAGCGUGAGUGGCACUCAUAACAACGUCUGGGCUCAUAAUCUUAACGAGGAAAUCUCGGGAGUCCCGUCAGUUCACACUCGUCAUCCUCCCAAUCUCGCCCGACCACGAGUCUCCACACAGCCAGCAGAGCAGCCCUCCACCCACCAGCACCACCACCUCCCACCCACCAGCCACCUCCUCGAACAACCACUUCACUGCAAACAGCAGAAACAAUGGGACACGGAAUUGGAUCUCAUUCUCCCCGCUGCCGAAGGCCUUUGGCCCCAUCACCAACGACAGCAGCAGCAGCAGCAGCCACCGUCUUCUGCACAGAUGGGUUGCGACCCCGGACUGACGAUGACAAGGCACCUGAACAAGUUUUGUGGGAGUCACGGGAGACUUAUUACCUCGUCUGGGAUGUUAAUGGAAGAACAACAGUCGUCAUCGCAGGAUGGGAAAUUGAUGAAGAUGGUCAGGUCAGAGUCCUCCCUCUCCCUCCGCAGCCCAGAGUCUCGCACGGGCUCCUCCGUCAAAAUCUCACAGUCUUCCGCCAACCCAAGACCUCCCAGAAAACGACGACUCCUCUGCGAAGGAGUUGAACUGGAUAUCCGCCAGCUCUGUCUCGUGUGCGGAGUGGUGAUCAUCGGAGCCGCACUGUGUCUUGCCAUCGGGGUCCCUAUAGCCUUGGAGAUGCGAAGUCAGCAGCCGGGCGGUUUCAGACACGACAUUGUUCGCAAAUUGCUCUCAGAAGUUCCACUCAUCGACGGGCACAACGACUUAAUGUGGAACCUCAGGAUGUAUCUUCGUAACCAGAUAAGCGAACUUAGUUUUGACUCCGACCUAAGACUGCACGAACCUUUCAAGGGGAGCCAAUGGUCACACACGGACCUCAUCAGACUGAGAGAGGGAGGCGUCGGUGCUCAGCUGUGGUCCGUAUAUUCGCCUUGCCAGAGUCAGCACCUCGAUGCAGUCCAAAUCACGGUGGAGCAAAUCGACGUGGUGAGACGACUCGUGGAAAAGUAUCCGCUCUACCUCAGCCUCGUCGUUACAUCGGAAGAACUGGAGAAGGCCCACGCGGACAGGAAGAUCGGGAGUCUGAUUGGCGUGGAGGGUGGCCACGCCAUUGGGAAUAGUUUAGCAGUCCUCCGAAUGCUCUACGCUCUCGGCGCGAGAUACCUCACACUCACCCACAACUGCAACACCCCGUGGGCUGAUGCGGCAGUGGAGGAUCAUUAUUUUCCUGAACGUGGUGGCCUUACUGAAUUUGGAAAGUUGGUGGUGCUAGAGAUGAACCGAUUGGGAAUGAUCGUUGAUUUGUCUCACGUGAGUGUGGCGACGAUGAAGGAUGCCUUAAAGGUGACGCGUGCUCCGGUGAUAUUCUCCCAUUCUUCUGCCUACAUGAUCUGCAAUCACUCCCGAAAUGUGCCUGACGAUGUGCUCCAACUCGUGGCUAAGAACGGAGGAGUGGUGAUGGUCUCAUUUUAUAACGUGUUUCUUACUUGUAACGAGACAGCAAAUAUAAAAGAUGUCAUUGCUCAUAUCCAGCACAUUCGGGACGUGGCGGGUGUGGACCACGUAGGAAUAGGCAGCGGCUUCGACGGAAUUAACUUCGUUCCAACUGGGCUGGAAGAUGUGUCGACAUAUCCAAAUUUGCUCGAGGAGCUAUUAAAAAACGGGACAUGGACUGAGCAAGACUUGAAGAAGCUGAUUGGGAUCAAUUUUUUACGAGUGUUUCGUCAAGCAGAAUCGGUGCGGAAUAGUUUUAAAUCCGCUCCACCGAUUGAGGAAUGGAUCCCAAAGUCAGAUUUGCAAGGUCACCACACCUCGUGCAAUUAUUAUGGUGCGACUUAAUAUUCCGACCGAAUUUGGAACGUUCAAAGCAGCGUGGCGCAAUAAUCAUAAUCAUUCAUGGAAUCUAAAUACGUGGUGCAUGAACUCCAUUUGAGAGAGAGAGUGAAAUUCUGUGAUGCAUAAAUCUACCCGGAUUUUAAAUCAUCAUGAAAACGUAACGUACCUCAACACAUGAAACAAGAAAUUAGUAGCUAAAAAUACUGCGUUACAUAACACAGCCUGGCUGUCGAGAAGUGUUUGGUUUUGUGGUUUGGAUUGAAUGAGUAGCGUUCCGUCUGCAACGUUUGAGGACAAGAGACGACGACGAGAGUGAUCUUCUCGUCGUCACUGGGACUCGAGGCGAGAGAAUAAGUGGCUGUUGAGAUAACAUCAAAGGAUGGAUGCAAACCCCAGUCGUGAGGUUGACAUUCACAAGAAGGUAGGAGGAGAACGUUGCAAACCUGAAAAUUCAAAUCGCCCCAUCAAGAUAGUUCUCCACAAUGGGAUGGAUAUUUCCACUCAAAAUGAGCAUUGUGUUCUGCUCACAACCGUCCCCACCACAACCGAAGCACUUCUUUUACCUAACCCACCCACCAGUUAAUCUACAAUAUGCGUCCUCCAUCCGCUUUCUCCACAUGACUCGACCUGCUGCAGUUUCUGGAGCAAUAACCCUUCAACGCGAUAAAUACGAGGGGAGCAGAAGAAGCUGGACGGGAUGAGAAAAAGAUGUGUGUGUUUCUGUCACUCGGACUUUGGCUGAGACGGUGCGAGAGAUGAGAUCAGAAAUCUGGAGGAAUCUUCUCCUCCUGCAUAAAAGGAGGGUGCAUGGCAGGCAAUACUUUCGCCAAGGCUCCGGACAGCCCAGCAGAGUCGUCGGGUAAGUAAAUUCCUGGACGUACGAGAGGAGAUUUGGAGUGAGUCCAGCCAGCCACGCAUUGAGAGGCCCCCUUUUCUCACAAGUUAUUACCGUCAUAAGAAUAAUAAAGCUCUUCAUUCCCAGCGACAUCACAUCAUCGCCAAAGUCCAACCAUCCCACCACACACGUCCUUUUUAAAGACAGCAAGAUUGCAAUCUCACCGUCACACAAGUUCUCCAUCCUCACCAGAAAUAAGCCAUUCUCACCCAAAAACGGCCGACCCACCAUUUCAAUCAAUGUUUUCUUGGAUCUCAGGAAUCAAGGGAGAAGUUUGUGUUUCUGAUUUUCGAGAAAAAUGGGGAAAUCCAUUAUUCUUUGAAAUGUUUGUGCAAUGUCGUCGUCACCUUGCAUCUGGCAUUGUCUGCGAGGAAUGUAUUAUUAUUGAAAGAAGUGAAGGUUAAGGCUUCCCGCGGUGACAAAAACUGUUUCGAAACAGCGUAUAGAAUCUAUGCGACGUAAAAUGAGUUCACCUAAAGUAAUAACUUUUACCGAAAUGCUCAACUGCUCCGUAGAUUAGGAUAAAUAGGAUAUUUUCCCUGCAUCAGUUACACGAUAUCGUAAAUCUCAAGCUAAAAACGUGUCGACGUUGGUUUAAAAAAAUGAAAUAUUUAUACUUUUGACUUUUGAAAAAAAAAAAAUUUAUAAAUUCUGCACAUUGCCGAUCAGUAUCAAAAGGGCAGAAAAUAAAACAUUAUCACGACGAGAUGAGUUUCAA